AUGUUGGAUCGGUUUAUUGUGAACAUGUGCCUUGCAGAAAUGUCGCACAUAUUCAAUAUCCCGUUGGAGUUGACAAGGGUUAUUGAGAUCGAUAACAAGCCUUUUAAACGAUGUGAAGACGAUAGAAAGGAACACACUGCAACUUGGUUACCAAAGAAUCGGGUCACAUUCAGCCUAUACACGGACAAGAAUGGAUUCACUCUCAUUGGCCUGCACGGCAAGGUUUACCUUUCACAGGCCGACAUAAUGCUUAAUAACGCACUCCCCAUGGAUUCAUGCGUACUGGCACACUAUACGGAGGAUCAAGUCACGAUCGACAAGUACAUUCCCAAGAUCUUGAUAUUCGAUGCAGUCUUGAUGGAAUCUGUUUACCUGUUCGACACGCAUCCAUUUGAACGUUACAAGCUACUGCUUUCCAAGUGCGAUACAAAGAGGUUGAACCCGGUAUACUCCAUCCAAUGGGUGGGGUUUGAAAAGAGCGUGAUCUCUAAGUUUGAUCAACUUCGGAUGAGCGUGCCACACGAUGUGGACCACAUAGUCAGGAUCAAUCAGGACCCCUUUUGCAUGUCUAGGUUGCUUACAGUACAGAUACCAGAGCGUAGGGCUGCAUUGGAGGGGCAUGUGAAGGAGAUCAAGGUUCUUGGCACGUUCAAGAUGCCCUUCCGCGUGCUUGGAAAGGAUGUAAAGGCAAGAUCCGCAUUCUCCAUCACCCCACAGGAAUGGAAACAGGCGGAGAGAAUGUGCUCACAACCCAAGGCCGAACCCAUCAAGAACUUGUCCGAUGAGUGCCUUAGGAAGGUGAUGAUGGAGAAGCUUGUGGCAAAGUACAUUGAGGGUUGUUCGAACAUCAGCAUAGACCACAGCGAUCCAGACAGCAUCGUCCCCUUCCUCAUAUCCUGCAUGAAGAACAUCAGACAUGUCAAGGUACACUUUAUGGCGCACAAGAAGAGGUUGGACAGGGGGAUGAAACUUGUCGAGGACGCAGAUCAGAGCACACCGUCUUUCAAUAGAGAAAUCAGCAUAUCAGACCUCGAAAGGAGGUUCAAGAGCCUGACGCGUGAAUACGAUGAAACGGAAUCCGUGUCCACCGAGACAGACACGGGUGUAACGGAAUCUAUUGAUGCGUCAUCGGAUGCACUGUCCCAAGUUACCGAAACAGAUUUGGAAGAAUAUCCAACCGAAUGUGAUUUGGAUCAAUAUGCAAACAAUAAAAAGGAACCUAGCGAGGCCUACGAAAAGGUGAAACAGAUUCUACUAAAAACCUACAAAGAAGAGACAGAUAACCUUGGAGAUGAAUACAGAACCCCGAUCUUUGUCAAUUGGAUGUGGGUCUACGAGAAUAUUGCAUAUAGGAAUGAAAACACCCUGGUGACCCAUUACCUCAAGUGGAGUCUUCGUUCUGUAUCCUUGUAUGAAGUCCAGAACAAACUAAAGCACUACAUGCAGGUUUUCGAACAACAAGCAUCUGGCAAAUCACAUGGAGGCACAAAGGCCAUUUAUGAGCACUUGAAUCGACUUCGUACACGUAUUGGCAACGUUCACAGGAAGAAUCGAAACCUUCUUUCUCGCAUGGAAGAAUGGUCUACUGCUCACUUCGAGAAUUUGAAUUCAUUGCAAACUACUAUACACGAUUACUUUGUGAAGUAUGCAAGAAUGUCGGAUGAACAUGUUGACACAAGUGAGAGUCUUCCAAACAAACAUGCCAAGGCGCAAUCCGAACUGUUCAUUCAGACAGUCCUUGAAACUUUUAGAACCCUUGACAGCCACACCCGAUGUGACAUGAUUAGAAGGAUUUUGAGUGAACACGACUCUCUGUGUCAAACACAUGACAAGAAUACAGAGCAUGAGCUAUCUGCGAUAUGUAAAUUCGAAAAUGCUGUUUCAAAUCUGCAUUCUGCUGGAUUGCCGGAUAUACUUUCGGAGUUAGUAAUCUUUGCCAGAAACGACAUCCAAGCUUUCAAAAGCACACAUAGAAUCAUGCCUUACCUCGUCAUGGAUUGGUGUCAACAGAGCUUCAGAGCGAAAGAUUCGAGGGGCAUGAGAUUCUCUCCGGAGGUUUUGAGUUUCGCAUCAACAAUUCUCAAUGCUUGCGACGGGAGUACGUUCCGUUUACUGUCAGGUCCAGGGAACAAGUAUACGAGAAACUUCCAUUCUGAUCAGGCUUUGCAUAACUUGCCUCUACCGUCCAUAUCUACUCUUCAUAAGCUGCAGAGUGCAGACAUGAAGACACGUGAUCUAAACAAGUCAAGAAUCUGCAGCGAGGUUUUGCAUGAUUACGGUGAAAUGAAUUUUAACCUUGUAGAUGGUAUUCAUGUGUUGGCGAUGGACAAGACGAUGAUCAAUGCUGGGUUUUGUAAACAGUUCGAAGACUGCGAAGCAGAUUUAGGUGGAGUCACGGGGAAAACAAUGGAUUUGUGUGAACGGCUUGAGAUGCGACAGAGACGGUUGGCACAGCUUUGUUUGGAGGGAACAACCGCUGAAUCGAUUCGGGAGCAUGUGAUAGGCUUAUUGAAAACUGACUUGGAUCACAUCAAUGAAAGGAAAUCAACGACUGAACGGGACUACAAGAAAAUUCGUGAUAAGUAUGUUGCAAAAAUGAUUAGCAACAACGCAGAUACGAGAAGGAAUGUCUCUAAUGAAGUCAGGUUUACGCCACAUCAAUUGUACAUGGCCGGGGUCAUUGAGGGAUGUAGUCAGAUCCAAACUCAAGUGCCGCAACUGAUUGAUCGUCUGAACAACUACAUCAGUACCGCCACACCAAGCGAGGACGAGCAGCGUUCAAUUCAAGAUGAAUUAAAUGUAUACAAUGACUUGUACUACAAGACGGCGAUCGCCGAACUAGCAGAAGAUGCAAUAUGUGUUGUUGCACAGGAUGGACAAAAGCAUAUGCCUCCUGCGCCUGUUUACAUCGGCUUUGCCCAUAAAAGUUUGUGUUCCAAAGAUGGAAAGGAUAUUUUUUUAGCUGUCACCAAUGAAGCUUGGAAGAGAGGCGUGAACUUCAAUGUGUGGUCUUUCGAUGGGGAGUUCGCCUGUAUAUAUCGUUAUUUCUACCAAGACAAGCCAAGUACAUUCAUUCAGGAAGUGAAGGCCAUUAACAAGACUGCAACCAGUAUGGAAUAUAGACAUUUAUGUACAUCUAUUUCAGCAUACAUUUCGGGGAUAUUCAAGUUCGAACCUCCAAUUUCAGAGCACGACAUUGAGAGUGAGUGCACAUUGGACCAUCCAGAUGAGUACGAUGGUGAUGACUUGUCGUCAUUGCCCAUCACACCUCAGCAAGGAAUUGUACACAUGGAUGUUGCUGAAAUGAGAGAAAUCAAACAGUUUGUUUUGCAGUUACGACAGAACCAGGCCAUAUGGCAAGUUCAGAAGGAGAAGACGCUACGAUGCCACACGAGCAAGAGGCCCAGAGCGACCCUGAAAGAGAUGUUUUGCAGGCAUUCCAUUGGAUCAGGGAAGUCUCAAUCGUCUUCUACGGAAGCCCAGAUAUGGCAUAAAGCUUACAGUGAUAUCGCCAAGAAGAAUCCUGCUUGGAUGACUCAGAUGGAAGUCGACGGGACCGCCGAUCCACAAUCGGUGGAUAUCAUGCUGAAGAUGUUCAGUGACAAGGCCAUCAGUCUACUAAGGGCAGAAGGACAUGAAGCGACAGCAAGAAUGGCAGAGGCCAUGUCUGGCCUGCACAAAGCAUUCGAUGAAAGAGGGCUGAAAGUUUCAGAGAGGAUACGUCUCGUUCAAGAGGGUCGAAGAUGGCUAUUGGAAGGCAUCGACUGGACCAGUGUCAGCCAAAAACAUGUCAAGGGACUAUCAUCUGUAACAUUUGAAGGCUUCAUAGUUGCAAUUGAUACUCAUCUGCAAGUACAACAGUAUGUGAGGGAUAAGAAUCAUGCGCUGGGUGAUAGAGACUAUGACUUCAAUUCACGAACUCUCUGCACGGAUAGUGUAGAGAAUCUGUGGUCCUUGAUCGGCCAUCUGAACAAGAAGGAUUUUCUGAGAAAAUUCAAUCAGGCAUGCAUAGAAUUAUCUAAAAAGGUGGAUCCAAACCUGCCUUUUGUGUACGAGCAUUCGAAGAAGCGAAUUGUCCUGAGCAAACCGCACGACCGUGAAGCUUUCAAUGCACGGGAUGGAUCUGAUCAUGAUGUGGAGCCAGACAAUAGUACGCAGAAGAACAAUCGAAAGCGAGUAUAUGCUAAAUCAGGGCAAUGGGAUGAAGGAUUAACAGGUAAUAUGCAACGGUUCCGGGGAUUGCGUAGCAUUGCUGGCUGCAAGUAG